AUGUUAUCACCAAUAAAACGAUUUUUUCCUUCAUCAAUAUUGCAAACACGUAGCAUGGUCAUAAAACUGUGUCAAUGUCAAAAUUCAAUUCAAAUCAGCUAUCCGCCAUCAGUUCAAAUCGAAAAAUUAACUAUACAAGAACUUUUGAAACCAUCAUCAAAUAUGAAAAAUAUUUGUGAUAUAACUGCUCAAAGUUUUGGAGAUCCAUCAUAUCGAAUGAAUGAUGCUAUUGUUCAGUCAACUCACAUUUACCUAGCGCGGAUAAAAAGUCGAUACAUCGGAUAUUUGAUGGUUGAUUUCGAAUUUGGAUUAUCAGUGUAUAAUGAAGAAUCUUUAAUAUAUCCAAUAUUAGGAUGUAUAGAUCCUACAUGGAAAAGAAAAGGUAUAAUGCGUUUUAUUGUUGGUCAUUUUGUUCGAGAUAUUCAACAAUAUCAACAGCAGAAUUCCAGAAAAGUUUUAGUUUGGUUUACAACAGUAACACCAUAUAUGAUACGUACGGUACAAGAUUUUUACAUUAAUAUACAACCAGGAGAUGAUGAAUAUGGCAGUUAUGAUCCGAAAUAUGUUCCCGUAAUCGAACAGAUUCAAUCAAAAAUGAACUGGAAAGUAGAUCAUGACCAUAGUAGGAAUGGAAAUAGACAUCCGUUUAUACAAUAUGGUAUUCUAAAAAAUACAUCUUAUAAUAAUGAAGAAUUAGAACGUAUUCAAAAAGUUAUAUCGAAUCCAAAAUAUCGCGUCAAUUUAUUUCAUCGUUUUCAACUUGAUCCACAAAAAGGAGAUCGAAUUCUCUAUCUAGCAGAACCAACAAAUAAAAAAUUGGAAUUUGUACCAGAUUCACAGCAAAAUAUAUGA